AUGAGUCAACAGCCGAACAUUGUCACCACCACUCAAGUUGGCCCAAGAGGUAUCCCCGAGGCUCUCUUCAUCGAUAAUGUCGAGGAUUACUUGGGUGGACCGGAUGCUGAGAUCGAACCUGCUCUACAGGCUUGGCAACAGAUGAUUGGAAAGUACCAAUUUAUGGAAAAGAGUACGUUACAGAAACAGCUGGGAUUUGAAGAGAAGAUUCCGGAAUUGGAGCGGACAUUAGAAGCCGUAGAGCUGUUACAACUGAAAAAGGAAGCUAAUGAAUCGUUAGAAACUCACUUCGAAUUGGCGGAUACAGUGUAUACUAGUGCAGUUGUCGAGCCCGUUGAAGAAGUGUACCUAUGGCUUGGCGCAAACACCAUGCUCGCAUACCCACUAUCAGAGGCACGUGAACUACUGAAGAACAAGAUCGAGUCGGCCAAGUUAAAGCUAGAAGAAGUCUCAGAAGAACAGGCUUAUCUGAGAAACCAGAUCACCACCACCCAAGUCAACAUCGCUCGGGUCUUCAAUUGGGACGUCAAGCGACGCAAGGAACGUCGCGCCAAAGAAGCUGAGAAUAAUCAUAAACCUGCUUGA